GCUACACACGGCAGUCAGGUCCGGGGCCACAUCAACUCAUGGUUGUGAUUCUAAACCACCCCCCCACACAAACACACAAAAAAAGGAAAGAACUGGUUUUCCACCUUAUGCGUUGUACCGGGAGGAUUGUUUCACGCUUGGGGACGCUCUGAGACGUUCAGUGUGUUGUACGAAACCCGUUUGAUGACGUGUGGAUACAUUACGCAACUCCAGGACUGACUUUGUAGGUAUGUGCUUUGUGAGCUGACCUCAAGUGGGUCGCGUGUGUAACUUAGUGGGAAUAAUUUGGCAAUAUUUAUUUAUUUUAUUCUUUUUAAACCAUUCAUGCUAAUUUAAAUAAGCGUAUGGUUUUGGGCGGCCCCUAGAUUCAUAUUUUGUGAUGUUUUCAAGUUUUGAAAACAUUAAUUAAAACAGUGAAUUUUAUAAAUCAAUGGUGGUAAGUUGAUAAUAAUUUUAAUAUUUUAUUGUUAAUCCUUUAUUAUGGUUCAAUCUAAGUUAUAGCGCCACUUUUGUGACUUUUUUUGUCCUUCCAUGACAUAUCACAAGGGGCCCUUCCAUGGCAUAUCACAAGGGGCCCUUCCAUGGCUUAUCACAAGGGGCCCAUCCAUGGCAUAUCACAAGGAACAUUCCAUAGCAUAUGACAAGGGUCCCUUCCAUAGCAUAUAACAAGGGGCCUAUCCAGUGCAUAUCUUAAGGGGCCCUUCCAGGGCAUAUCUCAAGGGAUCCUUCCAUAGCACAUCUUAAGGGGCUCUUCCAUGACAUAUCUGACAUAUUAUUUCCUGUGGUGUCCUCACAUACCAUAUAUAAUGGUGCCCUACCAUAUCUCCAGUGGUGCACUACCAUAUCGCCAGUGGUGACCUACCAUAUCUCCUGUGAUACCCCACCAUAUCUUCAGUGGUGCCCUACCGUAUCUCCAGUGGUGCCUUACCAUAUCUCCAGUUAUGCCCUACCAUAUCUCUAGUGUCGCCCUACCUUACCAUCCGCAGUGGUGCCCUAUCUUUGAAUCUCCAGUGGUGUCCUCCCAUGCCCUCCUUAUGAAGUUGCAUCCCCCCCCCUCCCUUUUUUCACGUUCUCUGUCAAAGUCCCCGUCAUUUCUGCCAGUAACGUUACAUUUGUGUUCCAUCUCUCUGCACCCCAUUGAUCAUUAUUGAUUCUAUUGACUAUUGCCACACGAGAAACCAACACACAAAUCGCUAAUGUGUCCAGAACUGGUUCUGGGAAAAAUGACGGAGUCAACGUCAUCACCAAGUCAAAGCAAUGGGGGAAAACACACACACCAAGAUAUGAUUUUACAAACAACCAUUCGGGGCCAACAGACCAGACUAAGGCAUUACCUUGAUAAAUACAUAGGGCUCUCUCUCUCUCUCUCUACCCCUCUCUCUCUAUUCACUCUCUCUCCCUCUAUCUUUCUUAUUCCCCCCUCUUCUUUCUUUCUCUAUACUCACUCUCCCUCUCGUUCUUUCUCACCCUCUCUCUCUCUCUCCCCCUCUCUCUCUCUCUUUCCCCUAUAUCCAUCUUUAUCCCCCUUCCUUUCUCUCCCUCCCUCAUUUCCCCCUCACUCCUUCACUCCCUCUCUCUCUCACUCUCCCCCCCUCUCUCUCUUUACCCACAAACACUCUUCUCAUAUCUCUCCCGUAUCUCAAUUUGCUCUAAAGACCAUAUUAUUAUACAUGUUACGUACAUAUCGUAUAUGUGUACACAUCCCAUACAUGGUAUAUACCUAUCGUACAGGUGCGCUCAUCAAAUACAGGUUAUAUACAUAUCGUACACGUGUACACAUCACACACAUGGUAUAUGCCUACUGUACAUUCACACAUCACAUACACAUUAUAGGCCCACUGUACAUGUACCCAUCGCAUAGUUCUAGACCUGUGCCAGCAAUGAACGUUAGUUUAACAGUUCAUUCCAAGCAAAGAUCUCAAAGUUCAAUCGCUACGUACGGGCCUCUAAUAUGUAUUAUUAUUAUUAUUAUUAUUAUUAUUAUUUGGGGAUUUCAUAUGGGGUGGGCUGGGGUGUGGUGGGUCACCAAGAAAAACCUACAAGAAAAAAACAAAACUAUGGGUUUGAUAUUGUCAACGUUGGGUAUGGAUGAGAGAAGAAAAUCUAUUUUCAGCUCCCGGUGGGAACAAGAUGUAAUGGGGAAAAAAAAAAGAGUAUUUGUUCAGUGGUUGAAGUACAAAGCAAACAGAACGCGUCUUAGCCUUAGAAGUCAUAAAAUUCACUGGAUAGUUUCCUUGAGAUAAGAUGGCCGUAGAUUCAGUCGAAACCCACCAGCAUUUUUACGUGAUGCUUGGAUUUAUUUUAUAGGGUGUGUCAUCCUUUGGCUAAAGCUACUCAAUCCAUCCAUUCAUCCAAUUAUUCCAACAUUACCACCUUCACACUGACGAUCCCACCUUCACACUGAUAAUCCCACCUUCACACUGACAUUCUCAACUUCUCUCUGGCAUUCCCACUAUCACACUGACAUUCUUAACUUCACACUGGCAUCCCACUAUCACACUGAUAUUACCACCUUCACACUCAUAUUACCACCUUCACGCUCAUAUUACCACCUUCACACUGAAUAUUACCACCUCCACAAAAACUAUUUUUAUGUCUCCCCCAUGACGUAUUACCCACCCCUCAAACACAAACACAUUCAUCCAAUUACCAUGAUUACCUAUCAUCCAUAAAUGUCCAUAUUUAUUCAUCCACAUGGAUCUCUUUACCACGCAUUCAUCAACCUACCUCAGAGACUACUCAUGCACAUCACUCUAUCUCUCUCUCUCUCUUUCUUUCGCUUUAUCUCUCUAUCGAUCUAUUUCUUUCUCUCUUUCUCUCUGUCCCUCUCCUCUUAUUCACACUUUGAUUGUUGACAUUGAUUCUCUGUAAGGUAGGAACUGCAGACACAUCCACCACUCUGAGCUGUGUCUCACACGUAUCUCUUCUUUUGUGGUCUCCUUUGACUCUCCCUUGUUUUUCUAGCGGUGUGUCUCACAUAUUGUGUCUAUCUAUUCUCCUUUAGAGCCGUGUGUCUGAUACAAUGUGUCCAUUCUCCAUAAGAGCCAUGUAUCUGACACAAUGUGUCUAUUCUCCAUGAGAGCGAUGUGUCUGACACAAUGUGUCUAUUCUCCAUGAGAGCGGUGUGUCUGACAUAAUGUGUCUGUUCUCCAGUAGAGCGGUGUGUCUGACAUAAUGUGUCUAUUCUCCAUGAGAGCGGUGUGUCUGACAUAAUGUGUCUGUUCUCCAGUAGAGUUGUGUGCCUGACAUAAUGUGUCCAUUCUCAAUGAGAGCGGUGUGUCUGACUCAAUAUGUCUAUUCUCCAUGAGAGCCGUGUGUCUGACACAGUGUGUCCAUUCUCCAUGAGAGCGGUGUGUCUGACACAAUGUGUCUAUUCUCCAUUCUAAAUUCAUACACGUAUUGUUUACUAAGAACUAUUUAUGAUGUCGCUACACAUUUAAAAAAUUUUUUUUUUUUUUUUAUAAAAUGAAAAGUACCUCUCACCUGCAUACAUACGCCCCACCUGUAACCUAAUAUAGCAAAGUCUACCUGGAUGAAACCAAAAUAAAAAUCCAGGGAUUCUCGCAUUAUUUUAGCCAAAACGAAUUAUCUUGAAUAAAUUGUCAUAUUUAUUCAAUAUCCACAUGGAUAACAUUGCGGAUAUUUGUAUUGAUGAGUGAAGGGCCUUGGGGUACAACCUCUGCACGCCUACUAAAAAUCGCCGCUCUGCUCGUGUGUCCCAUGUUACACAUGCCGAGAUCCACUGUAGGAAAGAAUGUGUCCCCGCCCUAUGUCCUACAACAAUGUAAGCAGCCUCAGGCCGACCAAAGCGUCGGUGUGUGUGUGUUUGUCCGUCGGGUGCUUGAAGUGAAGCCAUUGACGUGAAAUAACGCACAGACCUAUAGAGAGGGAACGUCGGGUCUUCAAGGAUAGACAUGAAACGGCUUUUGUUCUAACAAAAUUGUUGUCUCGUUGAUCAACGAAUUCUUAUGACAUCUCUAUCAACGGAACACAAAAAUUGCAGAUUCAUAUAGACCAUGUCGUCUCCUCGUAUCUUUGUCAAUCCAACACUAUUGCAGUCUCACAGAUGGUGUCUUCUUCUGGUAUCUUUGUCGUUCUGACGCACAUGCGGUCUCAUAAACAAUGUCUUCUCCUGGCAUCUCUGUCAAUCUAACACAAUUUCAGUCUCACGGAUGUCUUCUUCUGGUAUCUCUGUCUUUUCUAACGCACAUGCAGUCUCCUAAACAAUGUCUUCUCCUGGCAUCUCUGUCAUUCUAACACAAUUUCGGUCUCACGGAUUUCUUCUUCUAGUAUCUCUGUCAAUCUAGGAGGCAUCUCUGUCAAUGUAACAAGCAGUCUCAAUCAUAGAGAAAGUCUUAUUUCUCGUAUCUUAAUUAAAGUCACAUGUAGCAUCUCAUAUUUCUAUCAGUAAUAAUCGAAUAAAGAAUAAUUUAAUUUUAAUAAAACUAAUUUUAAUGAGAUCAGAAAGGGAUGUAAGUUGGUCAUAUAAUAAAUAUUAACAGAAAUAAUGGAUUACCAGGGCUGAACCGGUUUCAGUUCUUGUUGUUUUUACACCGGGUCCGGUUGUUUUGAGUAAAUACCUGGUGGGUCCAAGAGUUCUAAGCAAAACAAAAAAAGCAUACUUCUCAUUUUCUAUAAUACAUGCCAGCAUUUAAAGCAGAUAAAACAGUGGUAAGCAGAUAACACAGUGGCCAGCAGAUAAUGCAGUGGCCAGCAGAUAACACCAUGGCCAGCAGAUAACAACAUGGUCAGCAGAUAACAACAUGGUCAGCAGAUAACACCGUGGCCAGCAGAUAAAACAGUGGCCAGCAGAUAAAGCAGUGGCCAGCAGAUAACAACAUGGUCAGCAGAUAACAACAUGGUCAGCAGAUAACACCGUGGCCAGCAGAUAAAACAGUGGCCAGCAGAUAAAGCAGUGGCCAGCAGAUAACGCAGUGGCCAGCAGAUAAAACAGUGGCCAGGAGAUAAUACAAUGGCCAGCAGAUAACACCAUGGCCAGGUGAUAACACCAUGGCCAGGUGAUAACACCAUGGCCAGGUGAUAACACAGUGGCCAGCAGAUAACACAGUGGCCAACAGAUAAAACAAUGGCCAGCAGAUAACACCAUGGCCAGCAGAUAUUGAAAAGCAGUAAACACGUUUUCCCGAUGGCGUGCAUCUAGAGAACACACGCACGCAUCUAUUGAACACACGCACACAUGUUUAUCUGCGGUAUGUGUUUGCGGUGUUCAGUUCAAGCCAAGCGUUCAAGUCAAGACAAACCAACUUAAGCUUACACAUUCCCAUCUACUCACCUUCAGCAGCAGUAAGUUUACCUACAAGAGAGCACUCACUAGUGCACGACUCGAUGUGCUCAAUGAGAAAUACCGUUUCUUCAAAACAAAAUCUGCCCACAGACAGUCCUACAUCACGCCCUUGUCUCUUCAAUGACUAAUAUAAUAGUCGCCCCCCACCACUCUAAAGAAAAAAAAAAUACUUACCGAGUUCAACAGUCACGCAUGACGCUCACUGCGUGACAGCUUUUUAUCCACUCAGUAUUAUUGAUAUAAAACAUGUGGAGUUGGGGGAAGAGGAAGCAGGACAAAAAAAAAAAUAUAUAUAUAUGAGAUUGCGAUAAUGGUUUGAAUGGGAGAGAAUUCGGGAGAGUUAACACCCUUCGUGGUUUUGUUUACCGGUAUUUAUAUGUGGACCCUUGAAGCUAAAUUGGGUUCUAAAACUAAAGACGGUACAGCAGAUGUGUUGUAAUAUUGAUGGCUUAUGGAUGUUGUUGAUGUUUGUCAGUCGGUCAUGACCACUUUAAUCAGCGGAUGUGUGCUAGUUCUGAUCGUGACUGUGGGUGCUCAGGUGGCUGAUGAGGCCGAGUCUGGCACGAAAUUUUCUUGUGCAGUAGGUGCAGGAGACUGAUGGGGGCAUCUCUGGGAGCAGAGUGAGGCCUCGCAUGUCUUUUGCGCUCUGCAGCCACUGUUCUGUUAACAUUAUGUUGCAUGGAGCCCCUGUGUAAGGUGGAACGCCACGACGUUCGAUCCUUUGCUUUUCUCCCACGUGUCUGGGUUUACAUCGAACGCUUUCAGUAAGGCUUUCAGGUUGUCUUUAAAACGUUUCAAAUGCCCGCCAGCAGCUCGAGCUCACCAUAGAAUAUUCUUUUGGGCAGACGGUCGUCUGACAUUCUUACAACAUGUCCCGCCCAGCGAAGCUCGGACUGCAUUAAGAUGGUAAAGAUGCCGGGGAGACUUGCGUGUGUGAGCACCUCAGUGUCUGGGACCCUGUCGUGCCAUUUGAUGUUGAGUCUUGUUGCAUGAAAGUGGUUCAGCAUUCUUGCAUGGCGUUAGUAUACCGUCCACGUGUCACAAGCACAGAGAAGCUUAGGGUGAACAGCCGUCUUAUAUACGUUCAACUUAGUUUGAGUGCUGAUACCUCUCCUGGUCCAUACGUUCUUAUAAAAUGUGUGCCAUAGGUUGCACUGGCUCUUGCAAUGCGGAGGUCAACCUCGUCAUCGAUGGUUGCGCUUUGGUACAGUGUGUUGACAAAGUAAGAAAGCUAUUCUCUACCUUAAGUUUUUCGCCUUAUUCUUGGAUUGAUGGGAUCAACAUACGGUCUUCGAGGAGCUGGCUGUAAUUUUGUGUGUGUGUGUUAAUCGUGUGCCGGAAGUUUGUGCAGGCAUUGGAAAAGUUUGUGACGCUGCGUGUUCACUUCUGAUACGUUAUUUAAGGCACAUUCGUCUGCAUACAAGGAGGUUACUGAUAGUGUAUGUCAGGACUUUCGUUUUAGCAUGUAGUCUCUUGAGGUUGAAUAGAUUACCGUCAGUUCGGUAUCUGAGGCCAAUUACAGCGUCUCCCUCUCUGAAGGCAUUGGUCAGCAUUGCGGAAAACAUGAGGCUGAAAAGUGUUGGUGCUAGUACACAUUCUUGUUUCACGCAAUUUGUUACAGGGAAUGGCUUUGACGCCUCUCCAUUUUCCCAAACUCUCGCCUGCAUACCAUCAUGGAAUAGUCGUACCAUUGACACGAACUUCAUGGGGUAUCCAUAUUUGACCAUGAUCUUCCAAAAGCCCUCUCAACUAGUAUGUCGAAAGCCUUGGUCAAGUCUAAAUUGGUAGAUAAGAGUUCAACAUUUUGUUCCCUGCAUUUUUCCUGUACCUAUUUGGCCGCAAACACUAUAUCGAUGGUUCCUUGUUCCUUCCGGAAGUCGACUUGACUUCCUGUCGGUAGACCCUUCUCCAGAUGCUCAUUAAGACGGUUUAGCAAGACUGUGUCUAUCUUGCCUGCAAUUGAGAGCAGUGAUACGCCACGGUGGUUGUCGCACGGUGCACGGUUUCCUUUACUCUUCUACAGGUGAACAAUAGAUGCAUCUUUUAAGUCCUGUGGAAUGGUCUCUUGCCGCCACAUCAAACAGCUGGUGAAGCUUUUCGUGCAGAGAUGUGCCCCCCUUCUUUGUGUUCUCUAGACGGUCUUGGGUCAUCACCUGGUCGCUUGAGAAAAGGCAUAUAGCAUAUUGGGUCUCAGUUAGAGUAGGGGGGGGGGUGAUGUUGAUUCAGUGACGCGCGCUGUGAUUAGGAUAUACGUGAAGAAGAAUUGAGCGAGUCGUCGGCCCAACUCUCUCGCACAAUAUCAUCUUGAUCCAGCUGCAAGACAUUGUCGAGACGACUGGGGAUGGGAUUGGGUGAAGGUGCAGUGAAUGACCAUGGCGCUCUACGUGUCUGGCCGUGCUCUGGACGAUCCACGUCACUUUGCUGUCUUUGCCAUAUGUCCGUUGAUCGAGUCUUGGUUCCUUCGCACAGUUUGCCGGAUUCAGUCUUUUACAUGCUGCGGGGGGGGGACAAGCCCUUUUCACCGAAUCUUCUAAGCCCUUCGGCUACACUCAACCUGGUUUUGCCGGCAAGUCGAAGCCGUUGUCCGGGUUUGUGGCCGCUGUGCAUGUUACAGCUUCUCGGAGCCAGAGGCGAGAGCUGAGUACAGUGUUGGGACCAAAGAUUGAUUAGCUACCCUAAGGGGGUUACGACUGCUGCUCAAUCAGAGGUACUACCCCUCCAGAUGUACCCCAUACUGGUUACUGAAUAAUGACAAUGAAGAUGGUAUAAAGGUUAUUGCAUAAUUGCAAUGAAGCUGAAUUUUUAUUGAAUACUGGCAAUGAAGAUGGUAAGAGCCAUAUUAUUUGUAUUACCUGGGUUCUGUGGACUGGCGCGUGAAGAAUAACACUGCAGUAUGCGUGUAUGGACUGAUUUAUUGAUAAUCGAUGUACUGAUUACAUUGGCAUGUAACCUUGUAACGGUGUAUAAUGUUUAGUAAUUUUUUGGUGUGUACCGAUUGCCUUUUUUUCACACUGAGUGUAUAGGUGUGUACUCAUUGCACUCGUGUGCUUUAAUUGAUAUGCACUGAUUGUACUUGUGUGUACUGAUCGUCGGGGCGUGCACUGGUUGUUUUGAUGUGCACCAGGAGUGAACAGGAAUAUUAGAGCCACCGGUUCAAAAUGAAAAUACAAAGAACACAAUUAACCAGGAAGUUACCAUGUCAGCCUAACAUCUAGGACAGCCCCGGUGUGGGCCAGUGGAGCGCAACCUUCUAAGAGACUUUUUCUCUUAAUCACACAGUUAAGUUUUUUUUUUAAUAUGAUCACUGGUUGCGCACCACUGACGAAUGUCUUCACAAUCUACCAGCUUUACGCCUCAGUGCGCUCUGUUUUCAUCUCUUGUUUAAUUCUUUCCUCCAGCCGGUAACGUGCCUGGAAAGAAUUGUGCUGCUUUUACGAAGAAAGCUGAUUUGUACCACCACGCUCAGUUCUAGUGCAGCGGAUGGUAGAGUGUAUAUACAUAUAUAUUGAUUUAAUUCAUUCUUCUAGAUUGGCCACCUUGUUGGCCCCACCCACGAGUGCUCUCCACCCGCUUGAUUGCCCCCCCCCCCCCAGAAAAUGUGUAAAUAUUAUCUUACAUUGAGGUGGGAAUCGAACCUUCUUGUAGAAGUUCGUACUAGGUAGAGGUGGGAAUCAAACCUUGUAGAAGUUCGUACUAGGUAGAAGUGGGAAUCAAACCUUCUUUUAGAGGUUCGUACUAGGUAGAGGUGGGAAUCAAACCUUGUAGAAGUUCGUACUAGGUAGAGGUGGGAAUCAAACCUUGUAGAAGUUCGUACUAGGUAGAGGUGGGAAUCAAACCUUGUAGAAGUUCGUACUAGGUAGAGGUGGGAAUCAAACCUUCUUGUAGAGGUUCGUACUAGGUAGAGGUGGGAAUCAAACCUUCUUGUAGAAGUUCGUAUUCGGUUCGAUAACAGCUUAAGUAAUAUCUAGGAAUGUGGAAUCUUUUUUUUUUAUUUUUUAGCAAACCGGUUAUGAACUUUAGAAAUCCGGUUGUGGGGGAGGGAUUUUACAAUUGGGACACGCGCUAAAACAGGUGCAGGCAACCACGACACGCAGGACACAAUAAGGGCCCGAUGAAACCCUUACUUCGGCUCGUAAGACCUUCCGGGAAACUGGAGUAUAUCUAAUAAUCCAUGUAAAAUAUAAACAACUUUGAACGAGCAUCUGUAAAUGCCUUUGAAAAUUAAAAAGCAUCGUCCCAGCCGUUGUAAUAAUGAUAACAGUGUAACAGCAAACUAAAACUAGAAGUGAAUUUCCGAAGCCCAUCUCUGAUCACGUAUAUAAAACAAGAACUCUUAGAUUCCAAGAAAAGUAACAUGUGGGGCGCCCCCCCCCCCCAAUGUUUUUGCGGCGCUCUUAACAAAGCGGUUGCCCGCCCCUGCGCUAAAACCACAAAGACGGUGAGCGCUGUCGUUCCUAUAUCCUCACGUUUGUUCUGUUGCAACGUGCCGGUGUUUGCUGUUGAUUUAUAUGAGGGAACCAUCCGGUCACUGAGGCGUACUGAGCCCCCUCUCUCCAGCCACGGGCUUCUGACAUCCACUACAGGUGGUCAUUUAAUCAUUUGACUCUUGACCAAUAAGGCUAUUUAAUAAUUUGGCUAUUAAACGAUUUGGCUAUUUAUACAUUGUAAAGCCAUCUAUUUUUUGUCGAUAGAUAUAACACUAUCAUAUGUUUCUUUCGAUAAAUAUGCCACUAUCAUCUAUUUCUUUCGAUAAUAUGACACUGUCAUCUAUUUCUUUCGAUAGAUAUAACACUAUCGUCUCUAUUUCUUUCGAUAGAUUUUACACUUUCCUACGAGAGGAGCUGUUCCCUGGAACAAGCGCCUCGAUUCUAUUCAGUUAUUACCCGUCAGUCUUUGCGAGGCGUGUAGUUUUAUGAGGUCGUUCAGUAACACCGAAGUUCGCGUCGGCCCUAGCGUAGGUUCAAUGGCACCUGCUGACAUCAUCAUAAUUUGUCAUAACACAUAUACUGUCCGUGCAACGUGCAUGUGUCCCACCUAUACAAAGCGUCGAAUAAGCUGACUGAUUGCUGUGUGAUAAAAUACACAUUUCGACAUUUCCACGAAUGGCUGCGUACACGGCCUGGAAUAGUUUUAAUAAUGCAAAAGUCAUGGGAUGCGCCUGUAUAAUUGUACACAUUAAACAUUAAUUCAAAAUUAGUCCAAAGUAACCUAGAUCAUGAAGGCAUAUUCAUUUUAGUAAGUACUGUUUUCUUUUGAUAUAACAAACUUAUUUUUAUUUCUUGGUGUUUCUAGUUAAGAGGUUUGUUUUUGUUGUUGUUUUGGGGUGGGGGAGGGACAGAAACUGCAUGUUGAUAUAAUUCAAGGCAGGCCUGCACAACAUACGGCCCGCGGGCCGUAUGCGGCCCGCCAACACUCACUUUGCGGCCCGCGAAGACUUUGGUGAAAACUCAUAAUAUUAUAAAUUAAAACACAUCGUUUUGGGGAAAAAAUUCUAAUGAAAUUAAUCUUUUGAUAGAAGAAUUAUUUUUUUAAAGAAGAAGAAAUUCAGUUUAAACUAAUUGGAGAUCCAUUUUCUGUGAAUCCCGAGGACAUACCAGUUCCAUUGCAGCUGGAGGUUAUCGAACCUCGGAAAAUUCAACGAAGCAAGUACAGAGAGAGCAGCCUGAAGGAUUUUAUAAUCUGGACCGUGAGAAAUACAAAAAUCUUAACGAAGUUGCACUGAAAAUUUUUAGCGUAUUCGGAACCACUAAUCGAUGUGAACAGAUAUUCUCAAUUAAUCAGCAUUCAUAAAUGCAAGCAACGCUUAUGUUUGCGUGAUGAUCAUUUGGAGGACAUCUUUAGAACAGCCACUUCCAAUAUAUCUCCUGAAUACGACAAACUUCUUACCGAAAACCAAUGCAAUGUUUCACAUUAAAUUUACUUCGUAAGUAGCGAAAUAUUCUUUACUAGUUAUAGCCCGCCAAACAUUGGCGACAGCAAUGCGUGCACUUCCCAUCUGCUAAAGUUACUUGACAAAACAUGAACUCAAGUAACGCACAUUUAAGAAUCCCAAUUUUUGCUACACCUCUUCCCCCUUCUCCCCCCCCACCCCAUGAUACGACACUGCACACUUUCUACUUCACGCUCAUGUACUUUAUUAAAUAUUCUGAUGUCCCAAACACUUUUAAACGGAAUAUUUAUUACACCAUAUUUAUAUUGAGACGAUUUCAUUUUCCGAAAAGAAAAGAAAACAUUACGCUCCAAAGAAAUAUCGUGCUUUAAAAAAAUUAUCAUUUAGCUUAGUUAUCGGGAAUUAUAUUUUGCGCGCUAUCCAGAAAUGGAAGCAGCCACACCCCAAGCAAAAUAUGUUUAAGAGAUUAUUAUUAUUUUCUUAAUAGCUUUCACCCCUGCCCUAUUUUCUUUCGGCCCGCCCAAGAUUUUCAUAAAGUAUUACGGCCCACCUUACAUUUGGAGUUGUGCAGACCUGAUUAAAGGGGUACUGAGAAGACGUGGCACGGGUGUGUGUGGAGAAAUCAUCAGGGGUGAUGGAGGGCAGACGAUGAUGAACUUCAUCUAGUUCAGAGGUUCCCAAACUGUGGUCCGUGGUUAUGGUUUCUGGUGGUGUGAGACUACGAUGUUGAAAAGAAAAAAAUUCCCCCAAAAUUAAUUAAUUAAUAUAUAAUCCCAUCACUUCUUGCCGGCUUCCAAUCAUGCAAAGGGGUCGUCCAUUAAUUAUGUCAACAAAAUGGGGGGGGGGGGGGGGGUGGGGGAAAUGUUUGACAAUUUUUGAAAAGGGGGGGGGGGGUUAGAUUAGUUGACGUCAAAAAUCAUGUUUUCUAUAUUAACAUUUUAAUUUUAAAAUUGACUGGUUAUUACAUUAUUUUAACAAAUUUAAUGAGUGAAAAUUAAAAGAAAUGUUAGGCUUUUAACAAUAUAAAUAUAAGAUUUAUUUAAUGUGUGUCUGUCUUGCACUGUUGAUGGCCGGUCAGAAUGUUAGCACAUCUUUGUUAGUGCAAGAGAAGUCAAAAGUUGGCCUCUCUUCACCUGUAGAUUCUGUGUGUCGCAAAUGACUAGGGCGGUAUGUUUGCGGUCAUGUUGCACGUUACGGAACAAGGUCAAGGUUCAAGUGUCAUGUGCAGUCAAAAUUAAAUAUAUUGAUAGAGUAGGAAUUCGAUAUUAUGAGAAUUAGGGGAAAGUAAAGUGAACGGAUUUGAAAAAAUAUGUAACAUAUAUUGUUCAUUAUAAGUCAUGUUGAAAUAGCAUGUUCAACAGCACCGACAAUGCGUAAGAAAUUACCACCUGCUCCUCAACAAAAAAGUAUUCGACUAAUGCAAGUAGCUGCCAGGAGAGAUGAGAACUUAUAGAGCAAUUAUUCCUCACACUGACAGUGCUUCUAUUUUAAGUGCUGAAUGGUUAGAUGAGAAUAAUGUUGAUUUGUCUGGUAUGUCAGUGCCUCAAGAUGAAAAUAAUAAAUCAGCUACUUUUCCCAUUGUUACGAUAAUAAUAUACCAACACCUGGCUGCUCUCUGGGAAGAUGAUAACAGCUCGAAACUAUGCUACAAUUGUCAGCUAUACUUACAAUAGUCAUAUUUAUACUUGCACAAACAAUGAUGUUUAGUCCUUAACAACCUUUUCAAUUAUCCUGCAUUAUAAAAUUUAAGUGUAAAAACUUUUUUAAAUUUUUGAUUAACAAGCUCAAGAUGCAAUAGAAUGUUUUUCCUACAUUUUGUGUUAUUAAAAUAGAUCAGCACAAAGUAAAAUGUAUUUAUAUAUUUAUUAAUAUUUUUUUUAUAAAUUAUUUUAUGACAUAAUUAGUAAGGGGAGGUCAUUGACAGUUUGACAGUUGUUGACGGAAAAGGGGGGGGGGGGGCAAAAAUUGCUAAAAAUUGUUGAAAUAAUUAAUGGACGCCCCCAGAGAAAAACAGCGUUGUCAUAGCGACUUUCUAAAUAGUAGCCAAUCUAUGGGGUUCGCGUCCAAACAGAUGCUUCCACUCAUGUGGUUCUUUUUCAUGUAAACUGACUUUUGAACAAAGUUACACAGUUCAUGGCUUGUCUGGAAAAACCCGGUGUGCACCAUUAUUCCAAUGAACUCGAAAUGAAUAUCCGAAUCCCAUAGUGACGUAUAUAAGCCAGGUGUAUCAAAUUAGCAUGCGGCCCGCCAAAGAAAAAGUAAUAUCCUUGCGGCCCUCUGCGAUAAAAGAGUUACCCGCCCCUUAUCUAAAGGCAGAGAAAAAAUAAAUGGGAAACACUGUGUGAAACAUGUGUGCAUCACUGGGGGGAAAUAUGUGUACAUCAAUGUGGGAAAUGUGUGUGCAUCACUGGGAAACAUGUGUGCCUCACUGGGGAAUAUGUGUGCAUCACUGGGGAAACAUGUGUGCAUCACUGCGGAAAACAUGUGUACAUUACUUGGGGAAAAAUGUGUACAUCAAUGCGAGAAACAUGUGUGCAUCACUGCGGGAACAUGUGUACAUUACUGGGAAACAUGUGUACAUCACUGUAUGAAAAAUAAGCCUAAUAACUGCACUGCAGGAAAUAUUGGAAUAUUAUUUAAUUGCCCCUAAUCAACGUACACCAGAAAAACUGCAAAGUUGACUGAUUCCUGCCCUUGGUGAUACAGGGGAGACAAUUUGAUGAGAUGUUAAACACACAAGAACAGCUUAGGUCUAAAGCCUGAUGUGUUGGGUAAUAAAUGAAGGACUGCGUUCAAGCUGUGUGAAGGAAAUAGUAGAACAGGGUGUGUAGCAGUUUGAACAGAAAUACAGUGCAAGAAACGAACAAAGUUUCGGCGCAGAGCCUUCCCUCGGCAGACAGGACACAUUUUUAAAAAAAAAUACAUUUGUAGAGAGUGAAUGUAAAUCAAUUCAAAUACCUACCCCCCUCGGUUCAUUCAUUUGUCCAGUCUGUUGAGGAAGGCUUUUCGUCGAAACGUUAUUAUUUUAUUGCCCUGUCUCUAUUCAAGCUUCCACAUACCUUCUUCUAGUAUUUUCUUGAUGUGUUGCAGUACCUUAUAUUUUGGAUCAUACGUACCCCGAUUGGUUAAUAUUUAUACUUCUCUCUUAAGCCACCAAGCGUUUAAAUAUGUAAAACCACAUGUGGUCGACAAGUAAGUUUAGUUUUUUGUGUCUGGUUUGAAAAAGGUUGGGGACCACCUAUCUAGUUGUUAAUAAUCUACUGAAGAUUCCGGAUAUUUAAAUUGCACGCAGAUUUACUAGCGCAGCGGUUCCCAAAAUUUUAAGUUUCCAACAGCACCAAGGACCGGCUUAGGAAGGGAGUGCUGGGAGAGGGGAGCGGUCCGUGCCCAGAGGGGGGCUUUUCUCCCUUUAUAUUCAGGGGCUGCAUUUUCGGCCAACCAUAGAGAUUUGUUUUCAUUUGUGGGGGUGGGUGCCAGAUUUAUUAACUAAGCUAUUCUUAUCUAUAAGAUUGACCCCUAUUCUUUCGUAAGUAUAGGGCUCUACGACUCUAUUACCAUUAAAAGCUCGCCGUUACAAGAAGACUGUUUAACUUCAUUUAACUUUCAUCCAGUUACUUGUCUUAUGUUGUACAGAUCCUUAUACAAAAUUCACAUAGAAGUAUCGAAUUUCAGCCUUAUACAAAUGCUAUGUGAAAAAUGUGUAGUUAGGUCAACACCUACCUAUUUGAUUAAUAACAUGUACAUUGUCUAUCCUUUAUUUAUUUUUCUUAUCCACAGAAGUGAAGAGCUACCAAGAUGGUGAUCCAACGUCUGCCAUCGACGCCACUCGCCAAGGACGUCCUCUACAUCGGCAGCGCCGUCCCGCUGGAGACGUCAGAGGGGCUCGAGGCUGUCCAGCAGCCGCUCCGGUCCCGGUACCCCGUGGACAACGACGACAACAUCCAGGGCAUCCUCGCCACGCUCACCAUCGUGCCCUCGGGCAUCCAGCUCCGCUACAAGAACGACCCCGGCAACAUCGUGCUGUUCCCGUUCUCCGCCCUGACGAUGUGCGCCGCCGUCCGGUGCGUGAGGACGAGCAACGCGGCCACCAACGAGGUCACGGCGAGGUUCGUGUCGCUCAGCUCGCCGGAAGCCGGCGGAAUCAACAACGAAAGGCCAGCCAUCUUCACGGCCAUCACCAGGCGGACCAAAGGGAGGCAGGUCCUGGAGUGCCACGGGUUUAUCACGAUGUCCCCCAAGGACGCCAUGGAGCUGGUGCAGUGGACGUCCGUCAUGGAUAAAAGAAGCAAACAGUCUGGGAGCACGUACUCCACGCUGGGCGCAGGGGUCACCAUGGCCACGUACGAGUCCAGCAAAGUCGACACGUCUUUCCGGGACGACACUGCGUCACUUCCGGAUUUCCCGAUCCAGCUGGUGCCGGGUGAGCCGAUGGUUCUCAACACGUCCCCGGCUUUUUACAAGGAACCCCCUCCUUCCGGGUAUUUCUAUUCUACCAAAGACGCACAGGUUAAGAAAUAUGCACUGCACAAGUUCAGCGGCGGAGGGGGUGCCACCACCGUAGACGACACCCAGUCUAUGAUACAAGCAGCGACGGAUACUUUGGAGAGACGUCCCGGUUACGCGGGCUCCCAUUACUCAGCCUCUGCCGUGAUGGCACCCUCCCGUCAGCCCAUCAUGGUGCCUCUGCGCCCCUACCUGCCCCCACCACCUGCUUACGUCAGACCGGUCACUGUUCGGCCCCCCCCCCCACACGACGGAUACUUUGGAGAGACGUCCCGGUCACGCGGGCUCCCAUUACUCAGCCUCUGCCGUGAUGGCACCCUCCCGUCAGCCCAUCAUGGUGCCUCUGCGCCCCUACCUGCCCCCACCACCUGCUUACGUCAGACCGGUCAUUGUUAGGCCCCCUCCCCCACAAUCUGUGUAUGCCUACCCCCGCCCCCGUUUUUUCUCUCCUCCCCCUCCCCCUAUGAUGAGGGCCCGCCCCAUUCCAAUGUUCGUGCAGCCCCCACCAGGCCACAUGUACUACGAGGGAGAUCUUAGGCCCCGCCCCAGAAACAGAAGCUCCUCCUCACGAUCCUCCUCAUCCUCCUCCUCCUCGGGGGUGAGUGGCCGCGCCAAGAAGAAAGGUCACGUCAACCGCACCCGUGACGGUUCCAGCGGCUCCGACUCCAGACCCGUGACGCCUCCCACCGAUUACGACUCCCCCAGAGGCCCGCGAAUCAGCAGACGCGAAGACUUCGUCCAGCGGCAGCACCACGGGAGCGAACUCAACGGAUACACUUCCAGGAAAGGUUACCUCCCCGGGCCACCGGGCCCCGGCUACUACAUGGUAGCUCCUACACCAUACGGGUACUACGGCACGUUGCCUGGAACCCAAAGGCCAAGGUCGGUCCCACCCUACGGGGAUAAGACGGGCACCAAGAAGAAGGACAAAAAAUCCAAAAAGACCAAAAAGGUCUCCAAGAAGGACUCGAAAAAACGCAGCUCGGCCCAGAACCACGACACGUCGACCGACAGCUUAGCAGGAUACGCCUCUGAGCUGGCACCCAACGGGGAGGGCAAGCAGCCACGCGACUUCCGGCGUUUGGAGAACCAGUUUAAACACGAGAGGGCGUUCUCCAAAUCUCUGACCGAGGAGACGCGUCACUCCGUCAGGGGCGACGCCAAACACGAUGCGUACACCCUCAACCACAGCACGGCCCAGAACGAAAAUGAUUUCCCAAUGUACUAA